AGAAGGCAGUGUCUCCAGGGAAGGAGCACUCCAAGCUGGUCCUCUGACUGGAUAAUGCUGUCCUGGAGUGUGGUGAGAGUAAGGGGGUGGGCUGCUCUCUGGCCCAUGAUAAAGCUGUUCCUGUCAACGUAGGGUGCUAGAAACAAUUGGAUGAGUGGCUUUCCCUUUUUGAGCCUCAGUUUCUCUUUCCUAUGGAACAGAUGUGUGAGGCCUCCCACAGUUCACCUAGCCUGGAUGUCUGUGGGAAAGGAGUUUCCAGGCCCAAGUUCCAUCUGCGCAGUUUCCCUCUCUCUGGGAAAUUGCAUCCCCCCACCUCAGUAGACGAUCCCUUUAAGGUUGGGCGGGGCCAGCUGGACACUGGCCAGUGAGGAAGCACUGAAGCGGGCCACUAGAGUCCUUGAGGUAGUUAGUGGCUAUCCAAGGACUAGGAGACCGAGGGUGGGUGGCUUCCCAGUGGAAUCCCCAGCUGCUGGGCGGGGUGACAAGGAGGGGAGGAACAACCUCACUGAGCCCUGGGCUCAACCUUACUGUGGACGAAAGCAGGGACCUCAAGGAGCCGUGAAGUGCAAAGGGUGCAGCUGUGGAAAGCUGCCAGAACCUCUCUAGAUGGUCGCGUCUGCAGAGCUCAGCCACCAGGCCUUCUAGUGCGCUGGGCUCUCCCCUAGUCCAGACUGAUGGUUGCAUGCCAGACAUGCGCCAGAGGCCGGGUGGCCUCCACUGUGCGUUACUGCAUGACGGUCGGUGGCUCAGUGGUCCUGGUGGUUGGGACACUCUGCUUCGCGUCGUGGAGCGAAGGCAGUGUUGCCGUCCAGCCUGGCUCGCUGCCCGCCACCGUGAAGCAGCCAUCUCCCGAGAUGCCCCCAACUUGGCUCAAGUCUGUCAUCAUCCUCUGCUGCAUCGUGGGUGGUCUGCUUCUGUUCUUUGGCCUGCUUUGGUCCAUCCAGGAAAGGACAAAGAAGUCAAGCCAGGGGGACUUCUACCGACUCUCCAGAGACCUGUAUCGCCUUGCUGUGGAGUGCCCUGUGAAGGAGCCCUACAGGCCUCCUAAGGAGGCUGUCAUUUCCACUUAUGAGGAGACCAUGCACUAUCCACUGGCUGAGGGUCUCCUGCAAUUCCCUGUGCAGCCUGAAGAAGACCUCCAGUGCCAUGCCCCAGGGGAUGCCCUGCUGGGGUCAGCAUCCUUCUCACGCCCACCCAGCUACGAGAGCAUCCUCCUCGCUCAGGGGCCUGUUUCUGGAUUGAGUGCUGCAGGCUCCAGCCCUGUCUGAGCUCAGGCUGCAGGAGAGUUGCAGGUCUCCAGCAAGGCUGUGAAACUGGCCCCUAACCAGCGAGCUUUGCUCGAGGCCUCCACCAGGACUGGGUUCACAGCAGGCAUUCAACAAGAGGUCUAUUGCUGGGGGCUGUUUAUGCAUCCGUUGCUGUGUGAGCAUGAGUUGGCUUUAAAUAAACCCCACUUUAUUAUGUCUCACAUUUUA